AUGUUUAGAGGCAUCAGAGAAAAGCUUCGCAACAGCAACACUGGAGGCAGUGGAAUGAGAAGUAGCAGCGUGGGAUAUGGUCUGGAGAAACUGAUGAAGACAAAUAGUAGAACCGUGAAGAAGCAAAAUGACAAACAUGAGAAAUCUGGUAGAGGAAGCGGAGGAUCACGUUCAUUUUCAGUACCGAUUGAAUCGGGCAAGAAUGCAGGCAAUCAUCAUAAACAUGUUUCGAGACCUAUAAGAGUGGAAACGCCAAUCUCCAGUCCAUUAUUAGGCUCCAAUGAAUCAGGAUUCAGCGGUAACAGCUCGUCCACGGACACAAAGUAUUACGUUUUCGAUUCGAAGGCAUAUUUUAUUGAUAAAGCGAAUGAACCUGGAGAGUUCAAUAUUUUUGAAAAGACAAAUGGUAUUAAUCCAACUUCCUGCAGACUUGUAGUACAGAUCCUGGCGAAUUACUUCAGAGACUUGAGCUCACAGAAGCGUGAUAGUAAAGAAUUGCUACAAGUUUUUAAACCAAAUUUACACCACUUUUCUCAAUCCGAAGUUACUGAAGUAAAAAAUUCGCUGAAGACUUUUUUCCCUUAUGAUGGAUGUUCUUUGAAGGGAGAAGAACUAUUACAACAAGUUCAUAGCUGUUUCAAAGAGAAUAUCAACAAGAUUGCCAUGGCUUUGAGAAUUAUAUGGAAUAUGUUUCCAAGAGGUAUUGUGCCAUGGGACUCAUAUAGAAAAUUCAUAAAAUGGGAGAGUUCAAAUAACUUCCCAUUGGAGUCUUUCCAUUUUAGACUAUCCAAAUUUUUACCUGACAAGGAUUAUACAUUUUGUACAUUUGCAUUUUUGGAAUUUAUACUUUGCAUCCUUUUGCAAAAAAAUAAACUGAUGAUAGACAAAACAGUUCAAUUGGACUUGAUUUAUACCGCAGGACCAACAUGUUUUCAAAGAGAGACUUAUACGAAAAAGAAUGAUGAUAAUGAAACGUUACCGCCGGUCAUCAAAUCUUACCAUCAACGUGGAAAUGCUCUGCAGAGAUUAUUUGUUGGAUAUUUAAGAUCGCUAAGCCAUGAAGGAAAAUUGAAAGAUUUUUAUUUACUUGACAUAUUUCAGAUCGAGAGUUAUCCACCCAAACCAUAUGUUGCAAGAUCGUCAAAGGCAUUGACAUUGACAAUACCGUUUGAUUACAGUAAUGGUAAUGAUUUUACAUCAUUAAUAUAUAGAGCAGCCACGGCAAAGCAAAGAUAUUACUGUUCUGGUACAUCAUUUUCAAAAAUCGAAAACGUUUUUUUGAGUAAUUUUGAAGAGGAAACACUGAAAGUUAUAAUGACAUUCUUUUCGGAAUCAUCAAAUAGAUAUAUCACAACGUUUGACAGUGGAUUCAAUGCAGAUGGAAUACAUAAUAUUGGGACCCAAAAUCCGCGAGGUUAUAACGAUGAUCAAUACGCUGUUGCAACAUGGCUACAAUUUGCCAAAGAGCAAAGUUCAUUUGACGAUUUGUUAAAAGUGCUUGAAACCUGCAAUAACGGCGGCAUGGCAGACCCCGGUACAUUGGCGUUGGGAUGUGGUAAUACAGCGACUCUAAGCGGAGCAAACUUCUCCAAGAACGACAACGAAGAAUCGAGUGUAAGGAUUGGAAAAAUGGACCUCACCGAGUGGAUCAUAUCAUCGUGGAAACACGAAAUGUUUAUGAAUAAGGUUCAAAACACGCUGCUUAUAAAACUAACUAAAAAAAUUGGCGAGUGCAACUGGCUCGUAAUAACGUGCGAGCAGCAACAGCAGCGGUCGCCCACUGCAUCGCAGAUCCAAAACAGACGAAUGAACGCUACUUCAAAUGCAAAUUCAAACUCAAAUGCGUUGAACGAUCUUUUAGAUAGUUGCUACAACGAGAGCGUAAUGACAUGA